CCCUUGGGUCGAAGUGAACUCUUUAAACGGCUUUAUUCAGAAAUCGUCGUUUUUAACCCUAAUCUGUUAAGAAAUGAUGAGGCAUGAUUCCAAUACUGUGGCGAAGUCGAGUCGACGAAGUUUUGUUUGCUAGCCUGUCCCAUACUAUGGCAAGCCGUUUUAUCACUCCAUCGACAUCAUCGUGGUCAUAUCACAUUGGAUCACGUUGGACAACACAAACGUAGAUGUGUUGGUUUUUUUAUAUCAAGCUUUCUUGCAGACAAUAUGAGAGGCACCUAACAAUGCAAAGAAAUUGUGUUCAUCAGAUAACCUUCGUUCUGAUAUAAGGGAGGGCAGACAAGUUUAUCAAUAGCAUAGGUGUUGCUUUAGGAACAGAAAGUGUUGCAAUCAACCGGUCACGCUAUGUGGUCAAACCGGCACAAAAAAAACAGUCUCUUUGGGUUUGCGGAGUACCCAGAAUAAACGAAAUAAUUGAUUUUGCUACAUAGCCUACCCCUCAGUCUGUCCCAGGACCUUUUCACAGAAUCAACAGAAGUACUAGGUUACUGAUUAGACGGGAUUUUAUAACAUCUCCGAUGACCAAAGUCCCGUUUGGAAAAGCACCAGUAACCUACUAAUCCAUUUGAAGAGGACAUCUGCUGCAGUUCUGGCAAAAUCAUCUGCCACUGAUCAUCAUGAAAGAAGAGGUCAAGGAAAAAACAGAGCCUUGUUGCUCCAAACUGAAGAUGUUCUUGGCCUCCCUGUCCUUCGUUUACUUUGCUAAAGCCUUCCAGGGGAGUUACAUGAAGAGUUCCAUUACUCAGAUAGAGAGGCGGUUUGACAUCCCCAGCUCCAUGAUUGGAGUAAUCGAUGGAAGCUUUGAGAUGGGGAACCUGUUGGUCAUUGCAUUCAUCAGUUACUUUGGUGCAAAGCUACACCGCCCACGACUGAUUGCAGCCGGAUGUCUAAUCAUGGCAGCUGGAUCAUUCUGUACUGCUCUACCUCACUUCUUUCAGGGCCAGUACCAGUACGAAACAACUGUUUCACAGCCCCAAGACACCAAUUCAACUGAGAGCGCCCUUCCAUGCCUGGCCAAUCAGAGCCAUGUGCUAAAGAAUGAUGAAAUCUCAGCAAAGAGUAUGGCAGCGUGUGAGAAAGAGGCCGGCUCCAUGAUGUGGAUCUACGUGUUCCUGGGAAACAUGCUGCGUGGAAUUGGAGAGACCCCCGUCACACCUCUAGGCCUGUCCUACCUGGACGACUUUGCAAAGGAGGAGAACACCGCUUUUUACCUGGCUUGUAUACAAACCGUGGGCAUUUUAGGGCCCAUGGUUGGAUUUAUGCUGGGAUCCUACUGUGCCAAACUCUAUGUGGACAUCGGUACCGUGGAUUUAGACACCGUGUCCAUCACUCACAAAGAUUCACGCUGGGUUGGGGCCUGGUGGCUUGGUUUCCUGGUUACUGGAGCUUUGAUGCUCCUGGCUGCGAUUCCAUUCUGGUUCCUGCCCAAGUCUCUCAAAAAGCAAGAUGAGCAAAAGGCCCAGAGCACUGAUGAUUCACCAAGUGAACAGGACCACUUCCUUCCGGAGACUUCCUCGCCUUCUGAAACACCACAACCUGGUACCUUUUCGGGGCAUGCUAAAGGUUUUGUGACAUCUUUGAAGAGACUGUUUAGAAACACAGUUUACCUGCUGAUAAUUUUCACGUCCCUUGCGCAAGUCAAUGGCUUCAUUGGAAUGAUCACCUUUAAACCUAAAUUUAUGGAGCAAGUCUAUGGCCAGUCUCCCUCCAAGGCCAUCUUCUUAAUAGGCAUUAUGAAUCUACCUGCAGUGGCCCUAGGAAUCAUUACUGGAGGGUUUGUGAUGAAGAGGUUUAAGCUGAAUGUUUUGGGGGCUGCAAGAAUGUCCUUCAGUGCCUCGGUCUGUUCUUUUAUUUGCCUCCUCAUGCAGUACUUCCUACAGUGUGACAAUGCACAGGUGGCUGGACUAACUGUGACUUAUGAGGGGGUAAAACAAGUGUCAUACCUACAGGAGAGCUUGCUGUCCCAGUGCAACAUGGGAUGCUCGUGUUCACUGAAACAUUGGGAUCCCGUGUGCUCGUCCACUGGCAUUACUUAUGCUUCCCCUUGUCUUGCUGGGUGCCAAACCUCCAGCGGUUUGGGUAAAGGCAUGGGUUUCCACAACUGCUCCUGUGUCGAAACAUGGCCUGUCCUCUCUGCCAACUACUCUGUAGUCUUGGGACAGUGUUCCCGCCAGAACUGUGACAGCAUGUUCCGAUACUACAUGGCGGUGUCAGUAGUGGGGGCCUUUAUAUCUGCCCUAGGGGCCACACCCGGUUACAUCGUCCUUUUCAGAUCCAUUCCACCAGAACUGAAAGCACUGGCCAUCGGCAUGCACAUCUUGAUUGUCAGAACCUUGGGUGGGAUUCCGGCUCCGAUAUAUUUUGGGGCAAUGAUUGACAGGACAUGCCUGAAGUGGGGUUCCAAACGAUGUGGUGGUCAAGGAGCUUGUAGACUGUAUGACUCUGAUGCGUUCAGAAAUGCGUUUCUGGGCCUGAUCUACGGCCUGUACUCUGCAUCCAUCUUGCUGUGGGGAGUUCUCUAUGCGAGUCUGGUGAGAAGACACAAAAAACUUGCGCUGCGGGAGAAAGCCAAGCCUUGUGGACAGGAGGAGGGUGCGGUGAACAAUGUGAAUGGAAAGGCUGUUUCCGAAGCGAAUCUCAAGAACGGUACCGAGCCGGAGAGCGAGUGUGCCGUAUGAGACAUCCCUGUGUCUGCUCUCAAUGCACAGAGCUGCUAUUGCACACUGCGCUAUUUUUUAAACACAUAAACACAGUAUCAUAUUAACAUGUUGUUUCUCUCUUUCAGUCGUGCACAUGUGAACACACACGCACAGACACACACAGAUUUUCUUGGAGCCUACAGUGCAAUGUCAUAUUGUUACUCAGUAUUGGUUUCAUUACCAAUGGUUACAGCUUGUAUAUAAAUCUUUUAUAGUGAAAAAUUAUCAUAUGCCUUGUGUCAUAACUUGGCAACAAUGGGUGUAUGGAAAUACCUGAAUUAUAGUGAUAUGUGUAAGGAUGAAUCAGCGGUAUGUUUAAUAUAUUGUAAAUUAGAUGUUUUAAAUUUUUUACAGAACUUCCUGCAAAUUCUCACUGUCCGACCAGUCUCAUUGUCACAGUUCAUGCAUUGCUUAAAAACCAUUCAUACUUAAUACAGCAUUCCAGUUUGAGGUCAGCAUCACAUCAUGUUGAUUUUUUGUCUCGAACCAACUUUGUUCCCUUUUAUCUUUUACAUUAUUAGAAAUGAUUUGAUUUCUAUAUUUUGAUUAAUAUAUUUUGUUUUUCUUUUGAUUUAUAAUGACAGAGAAGUUGACCCAAUGAUCACAAUGCCUGGAUUUUUUAAUAAAGCAUUUUACAUUGUA